AUGUACAAGACAAAACUUGCUGCACUCGGACCAGAGGCUCAGACGUUCGCCAGAGACAUGAUGAAAAACUGUCUGAAAAUUAGACUGAAGUACUUUGGUGGAAGGAAUCCCAGCCGCGCUGAAUUGAAACAAAUAGCCUUGGGUCUUGUGGAGAAAUAUAGAGCUCUUUCCAACGACGCCAAGGAAGACCUGAAGAAGCAGUUUCCCAUCAGUGCAGUUUUAUCAAAUGAGGCAGUGUUGCAACGCCUGCGAAGUCUGAAUUAG